AUGUUGGUGUACGGCGUCAGCUAUAGACCGAUUUCGGUGAUGGAAUACGAAGCCGACGAAAGAAGAGGGAGGAAGAAGAAGAUACGGCAGUGGCAAGAUGAGGGAUACACAGAAAUGUCGGCAAUAAAGAGCCCGUCUCCCACCCGGUUCUUCACGAUUGGACUUGUAACGUCGUGGUACUCAUCCAACAUUGGGGUUUUAUUGCUCAACAAGUAUUUGCUUAGCAAUUACGGUUUCAAGUACCCGAUCUUCCUCACUAUGUGCCAUAUGACAGCUUGUGCUUUGCUAAGCUACAUCGCUAUCGCAUGGCUGAAGAUGGUUCCUAUGCAGACUAUCCGAUCUCGUGUUCAGUUCUUUAAGAUCUCUGCUCUGAGCUUAAUCUUCUGUGGAUCCGUUGUAAGUGGCAACAUUUCGCUUAGGUAUUUACCUGUAUCGUUUAAUCAAGCGAUUGGUGCUACGACGCCGUUUUUCACUGCCGUGUUCGCGUAUCUCAUGACUUUGAAGAAGGAAGCUUGGCUUACUUAUAUCACCCUCAUUCCUGUUGUGACUGGUGUUAUUAUCGCUAGUGGGGGCGAGCCUAGUUUUCAUCUGUUUGGGUUUAUAAUGUGCAUUGGUGCUACUGCUGCAAGAGCAUUAAAAACAGUUGUUCAAGGGAUCUUGCUUUCUUCUGAAGGGGAGAAGUUGAACUCCAUGAAUCUCCUUCUAUACAUGGCUCCUAUUGCUGUCGUAUUCCUGCUUCCUGCAACAUUAUACAUGGAAAGGAAUGUCGUUGGUAUAACAAUAGCACUUGCAAGACAAGAUUUUGGGAUUGUUUGGCUAUUGCUUUUCAACUCUGCGCUUGCAUAUUUCGUGAAUUUGACAAACUUUUUGGUCACAAAACACACCAGCGCUCUUACACUUCAGGUUUUGGGAAACGCAAAGGGGGCAGUUGCAGUGGUUGUUUCGAUACUAAUUUUUAGAAAUCCGGUAUCUGUGACUGGGAUGGCGGGAUACACAUUGACAGUGAUUGGAGUUAUUCUUUAUAGUGAAGCCAAGAAGCGUAGCAAUAAAUGAGACCCAUAAUUAUUAAUUACUAUAACUUAAUUAGUUAAAGAUUACAAGCUCACCAUGGACAACUUGAAGCAGGUUAGGCUUUAUGUGCUGUUGCUUGUUGCUGCUGAUCUUGCCCUCUAAAUUCAUAUUUUUUAUGCUCAUAAAACCUUGGGCUUGGGGACAUUGAAGCUGCAUAUGUGUAACAGCUACAUGAAAAAUCAAAAGUAAGCCAUUAGUUACAUCUGUGUUUAGGGUUCAUAGUAUAAGAAUUGUAGAAUUAUUUUGCUAUGAAUUAUGUUAUAUUCAAACUUCUUAUAGAUUAUUUAUUCAAGGCUAUGCCCAUUUAUCCUUUCA